CGGGAUGGCGGCGGACGGCGGCCUGGAGCAGCGGGCGCUGCAGUACGAGCAGACGCUGAUGUAUGGCCGCUAUACGCAGGACCUGGGAGCCUUCGCCAAAGACGAAGCGGCCCGCAUCCGGCGGCAGCAGGAGCGCUGGAAAGGGUCCCCGAAGGAGCACCUCCGCCCCUCAGAACUGCUGGAGUACGACCAGAGUCGCUGUGCCCGGUGCCGAAUCUGCACCGUGCGUUGCCAGAAGUUCCUCAUCUCCAAGGUGGGCGAAGACUGGAUCUUCCUCAUUCUCUUGGGCUUGCUGAUGGCCUUGGUGAGCUGGGUCAUGGAUUUCACCAUCGCAACCUGCCUGCAAGCCCAGAAGUGGAUGUACGGGGGGCUGGACGCCAACAUCUUCUUGCAGUACAUGGCCUGGGUCACUUACCCAGUGGUGCUCAUCACUUUCUCUGCCGGCUUCACACAGAUCUUGGCUCCACAGGCUGUUGGCUCUGGCAUCCCCGAAAUGAAGACCAUUCUGCGGGGCGUCGUGCUGAAGGAAUACCUGACCCUCAAGACCUUUGUGGCCAAGGUGCUCGGCCUGACAUGUGCCCUGGGGAGCGGGAUGCCUUUGGGCAAAGAGGGACCCUUCGUCCACAUAGCCAGCAUGUGCGCGGCUAUCCUCAGCAAGUUCCUUUCCCUUUUUGGCGGCAUCUACGAGAAUGAAUCCCGCAACACCGAGAUGCUGGCUGCCGCAUGCGCGGUGGGAGUCGGAUGUUGCUUCGCUGCCCCCAUUGGAGGCGUCCUCUUCAGCAUCGAAGUCACCUCAACCUUCUUCGCCGUCCGCAACUACUGGCGCGGCUUCUUCGCAGCGACCUUCAGCGCUUUCAUCUUCCGGGUACUUGCUGUGUGGAACAAGGAUGAAGAGACCAUCACGGCUCUUUUCAAAACCCGCUUCCGACUGGAUUUCCCUUUCGAUCUUCAGGAACUGCCGGCCUUCGCGGUUAUUGGGAUCGCCAGUGGCUUUGGCGGGGCGCUCUUUGUCUUCUUCAACCGCAAGAUUGUCCAGUUCAUGCGGAAGCAGAAGACCAUUAACCGCUUCUUGAUGAAAAAACGCCUGCUCUUCCCCGCCCUCGUCACCCUCCUCAUAGCGACGCUGACCUUCCCGCCUGGGUUCGGGCAGUUCAUGGCUGGCCAGCUCACACAGAAAGAGACCCUGGUGACCUUGUUUGACAACCGCACCUGGGCCAAGCAGGGCCUGGCUGAGGAAUUUGAAUACGGCGGCGUCUCUGAGGCCUGGAAGCACCCGCGCGCCAAUGUCUUUGUCACCCUGGUCGUCUUCAUCGUCAUGAAGUUCUGGAUGUCAGCCCUGGCCACCACGAUCCCCGUGCCCUGCGGAGCCUUCAUGCCUGUCUUUGUUAUUGGGGCAGCGUUCGGGCGGCUGGUGGGCGAGAGCAUGGCAGCUUGGUUCCCCGACGGCAUCCACACCGACAGCAACGUCUACCGCAUUGUGCCGGGGGGCUACGCAGUGGUGGGUGCUGCAGCGCUCUCCGGCGCCGUCACCCACACGGUCUCCACAGCCGUCAUUGUCUUCGAGCUGACCGGCCAGAUCUCGCACAUCCUGCCAGUCAUGAUCGCGGUGAUCCUGGCCAACGCCGUGGCCCAGAGCUUGCAGCCCUCCCUGUACGACAGCAUCAUCCGGAUCAAGAAGCUGCCCUACCUGCCCGAGCUGGGCUGGGGGCAUCAGGAGAAGUACAACGUCCGCGUGGAAGACAUCAUGGUGAGAGAGGUGCGCUACAUAACCCUCAACUGCCGGUACCGAGACCUUCACGACGUGCUUCACAGCACCAAGAUGAAGAGCCUGGCUCUGGUGGAAUCAGCUGAAUCCAUGAUCCUCCUGGGGUCCAUCGAACGCGCCCAAAUCGUGGCCCUCCUGAGCGAGCAGCUGAGCUUCCCGCGCCGCCUGCAGUACAUGCGUCAAAAGGCCCAGGCGGAACGCAAGGAGCCCGAGAAGAGCCCGGAAAACGAAGGGCAGCCCCCGCCUGACACAGGAGUGCGCUUCCAGAUCAGCACAGACGAAUCCUCAUUCGUCCCACCACGAAGCGAGGCCCGCAAACCCCUCAAGCCAGCCCUGAAACGAGCCUCCAGCAGUUUAUCCGAGAGCCCUGCAACCGGCACCGUGGACCCGCCUGGCAUCGCCCUGAGGAGUCUCUUCUGUGGCAACACCACAAUGGCAGAGCCUAAUGAGGAAGAGAAUUCGGGCCAAUCUGAAAAGCGGAAGUCGAAGCGCGUCCGCAUUUCCGUGGCGGAAGAAUUCGAAGUGAUCAGCGAGAUGACGCCGGCAGAGAUCCUGGAAUGGGAGGAGCAACAGCUCGAUCAGUUUGUCAACUUCAACAACAGCAAGAUUGACCCCGCCCCUUUCCAGCUGGUGGAACGCACAUCUUUGCACAAGACACACACCAUCUUCUCGCUCCUGGGGGUGGACCACGCUUACGUCACCAGCAUUGGGCGCCUGAUUGGCAUGGUGUCUCUCAAGGAGUUGCGAAAAGCGAUUGAAGGCUCAGUCACUGCCAAGGGUGUGAAGGUCCGGCCCCCACUGGCCAGCUUCCGGGAGAGCACGACCAGCAGCAGCGAGACGGAGGCCACAGAGAUCCACCAGCUGUGGGAACGACGGCACCGGCACUCCAUCCCCCGCGAGUCCAGCCCUUCCGAAAGCGACGACAAAUGCCAAUGACGGGAGAAGGACCGCCACAGACUGCCCCCUCGGA